AUGCCUGAGCCAGCCAAGGCCGCUCCCAAGAAGGGCUCGAAGAAAGCCGUGACCAAGACCGCCGGCAAAGGAGGCAAGAAGCGCAGAAAGUCCAGGAAGGAGAGCUACGCCAUCUACGUGUACAAAGUCCUGAAGCAGGUUCACCCCGACACCGGCAUUUCGUCCAAGGCGAUGGGGAUCAUGAAUUCGUUCGUCAACGACAUUUUCGAGCGCAUUGCCGGUGAGUCCUCUCGUCUGGCUCACUACAACAAACGCUCCACCAUCACUUCCCGGGAGAUCCAGACUGCCGUGCGCCUGUUGUUGCCCGUGAGGACUCUAGCUGCUGCAGAGGGUGGUGCGUUCAGCUAAACGAAUCAUGCGCACCGAGCUCCCUGACC